CUGGCAGGUCCUCUUGUUUUACUUCAUGUGACAUGCUAUGCUUUCUUUGGAAUUCGUUGUUAAUCAUUUGCCAAUAUGUUUCAAAGGAGCUUUAAUUUCAGCUUUGCAAACAGCGAUAUAAUUUUGUUUUGGACUUAUGAGCAAUUUUGAACAGUCUUGGGAGUGGUUACAUAUUUUCUAGCAGGAAAACAGUCAGCACUUCAGACAGGGAACUGAAAAUCUCUUUGUAUAAAACUCAGUUGGAAAAGGACGAGCAAGAGAUCCACAACAGUAAGAUUCUGAUCUGGAAACAUGCCUGACAGCAAUUCUUCUUAUGAAACUGAAGGGCAGUAUGACUACAGUGACUAUUAUAACUUAAGUCAAUUUCAUGAUUAUGGGAUAUGUGAAAAGAAACAUGUGAGGGCAUUUGCAAGAAUUUUCUUACCGAUCUUGUAUGCAUUUGUAUCAGUACUUGGAUUUAUUGGAAAUGGGCUUCUGGCUGGUAUUUUGAUCAAAUAUAUAAAACUUAAAAGAAUGACUGAUAUAUACUUGCUAAACCUGGCAGUCUCAGACCUUCUGUUUGUGGCUACACUCCCCUUCUGGGCUGUCUAUGCUCAUUCUGAGUGGGUUUUUGGUAGCAUUCUGUGCAAAGUGAUCACUCUAAUUUACACCAUAAACCUCUACAGCAGUAUUUUUUUCAUAAUAUGCAUUAGCAUGGACAGCUAUUUAAAUAUUGUAUGGACAUUCUCCACAAAAAAUCUCAAGACAUCCCGCAAGAGCUUUGCAAUAUGUUCUAUGGUGUGGACCAUAUCCAUCUUGGCUUCAAUUCCAGAUUUGAAAUUUAUAGAACUGCAAGAGUUUAAUGGACAGAAAAUCUGCAUUCUCGAUUUUGGAGAUGUGGACAUGUCACCGUGGAGAAUCUUUAUGAAGUUCCAACUAAACAUUGUUGGAUUUUUCAUACCUUUUCUGACUAUGGUUUUCUUUUAUUCACGUAUAUCUUGUGUCAUGGCAAGAACAAGGCCCACACAGAAAUCCAGAAAUCCUUUAAAGCUGGCUGUCAUUUUGGUGGCUGUCUUUUUUCUGCUGUGGUUCCCUUACAAUCUGGUUGUGUUUUUGCACUCUUUGCAAGACCUUCAUUUGAUUUCAGACUGCAAUACCAGUCGCCACCUUGACUUCGCUGUUCAAGUGACUGAGAGCCUUGCUUUUGUCCACGCUUGCCUAAACCCAAUCUUAUAUGCCUUUGUGAACCAAAGGUUUCUGAACUGCCUCAACAAGAUCCUGAAGAGAAUCUGCACAAAGGGAAGACAGUAUUCCCUGGAGUGCACAAAUUCAACUCCCCCCACAACACAGUGCAAUUUUAUUGAGUUGACAGUGGUUGAAAAGCUGUAACCCUGAGUACUAUAAUUCACUGUAUGUUAAUACUAUGUGUUUCAGUACUUUAUAUCAGCCAUAUCCUAAUAGAUGAUACACAGAAUAAUAUUUGUUUCUGUUCAUUUUCACAUGUAGUGUCAUUAGUUUAUCAAACUUGCUCUUACUUAUCACACCACUGUAAAUUUUCAAUUUUGAUGGGCUCCGCAUAGACAUUUACCAAGUUUUUAACUCGAUAAAGGCUUAAUGAACAUUCUUUGGAUUUUGUUUUUAAUUAAGCCUCAUUUCAUUUUUUUAAUUCUUUUUUUUACACAAAAAGAGACAUGAAGGAUGGAAGACACUUUAAAGAUGGAAGCUCAUAAACAAUAGAGAAAAGGGGAUUGAGAAAAGUCCCUGCUUGUCAUACUAUAUUUUGGGGAUCUUCAUACACAAAUCACUUAUCACAGAUCCAAACAAGGUUCCAAUAAUAGUUUUAUUAUUGUGGGUUUUUGCAUAAUCCAUCAGAA